AUGGGAUACACCACGCUUUGGAAGCGGCUCACACCGCGGCAACUGAGUGUUGCCAUUCACACAUUCUCUCUCAUCUCCAUAUUCUUCGAGGGCUAUGACCAGGGUGUUAUGGGAGGUGUCAAUUCCUCCCCUACCUACGUGACCUUGGUCGGUAUUGGCACCGCUGAUGGAAAGGUCACCGACACAACGCAUCAGGGGGGUGUCUACUAUUUGGGCGCGAUCUUUGGCUGCUUCGCUGGCGGAUGGCUUGCAGACCGCGUUGGACGUAUCAAUGGACUGCUCGCAGGGUCUCUGUUUGCCUUGGUGGGCGGAGCCCUGCAAGCUGCCAUCACAAACUCAAAUUUCAUGAUCUGCGCCAGAGUGGUGACAGGGAUUGGCACCGGUGCUUUGACUGGUAUCACCCCGGUAUUGGUAUCUGAAACCUCGACAGCGAACAAUCGAGGAGGAUUCUUGGGCUACGUUUUCAUUGCCAACUAUCUAGGAAUUUCUGUUGCAUAUUGGAUCUCUUUCGGCCUUUCCUUCAUCAAUCAUGGAUAUUCCGACGUUCGAUGGCGUUUCCUGCUCGCUUUCCAAUGCUUUCCCGCCCUCCUUCUUGCAUUGUUCAUCAAAAUGCUACCCGAUAGCCCUCGAUAUUUAGCCUCAGUUGGAAGAACGGAUGAGGCGCAUGAACUGUUGACGCUUUUACGUAAAGACAAGGCUACGCCAGCGGAGAUCGAUCGUGAAUAUCUCGAAAUUAUAACCACGGCAAAGUACAGCAAGCCAAGCUCGCCUUUACAAUUUGCAAAGAUUUUGUGUGGAAAGGGCGGAGAGAAAGGUACAAAUCUGGGCCGACGAGCAUGGUUAUGUAUAUGGCUUCAGAUUAUGGCAUCUUGGACAGGUAUCACGGCUGUUACUGCGUAUGCUCCAGUGCUCCUCGAACAGGCGGAGUACACGAAAAUCCAGAUUGCUGGUCUCUCGGGAGGUGUCAAUACAGUUGGAAUACUUGGCACCAUUAUAAGUGCUCAGAUCAUUGAUCGCCUGGGUCGCAGAGCGUGUCUGAUGGGUGGAUCGGCUGUGCUGUUUGCAGUCAACCUGAUUGCCGGCGCGGUAUAUGAAGCAUCGUACCACCAUCCAGAGGAUGUCAAGGCAUAUGCACCUGCUGCGGUCACAAUGCUUUUCUUGUUUAAUUUAGGUUAUGCUGCUACAUGGGGUACUGUUGCUUUUUUGAUUCCGACUGAAAUCUUCCCCAGUGACCUGCGAGCGCAGGGGAAUGGAUUUGGAAUUACUGGCUGGGCCAUUGGUGUGGGGAUGACUACUCUGGUGAAUCCCAUUAUGUUUGGCCACCUUUUUAGUCGGAGUUAUUUCCUGCUUGCUGGGCUAAACUUGAUUUGGAUCCCCAUCGUGUUCCUCUUCUAUCCGGAGACUCGGAACCGCUCGCUUGAGUCCAUUGAAGCUCUGUUCUCAACCAGCAGUCCCUUCCAUUGGAGGAUGGAACAGGCUUAUAAACUGCAUGGUGAUGUCCUGGUGUCGCAUGGAGUCACUAAGAACGAAACCUAUGAUUUGCCCAAAUCGGCAUCGACAACUAGUCAAGACGAGCCAGAAUGCUCGGCUGUACUCACGGCUUAA